AAAAGUGCCGCUAUCGUUUUACCCUAUGUACCUGGACUUCUAAAUAAUUUGCCUCCCAAAGCAACAAAUUGUCUGAACGGCAACGAGGCUAUGUUCUAUGUACGAGUACUUAUUGGUUCAAUUAUUCUUUUUGCCAUAAUUGCCCUUACGGUAUUUGGAAUCCCUUGGAUCAUCUACUCUUCCGAAUGGAGGCUUGAGCAGGAUAGCAUACAAAAACGUUUCAUUUCCGAGCUUAAGUGGGAACAGAGCCGUAUGACAUUGUCGGAUCAGGUCACCAAAGUGCUUCAAGAUCAGAAAUUACCGAAGACUGAAGUUGAGGAUAUAAUCAUCAAAUAUGUGGACACUUACUACCCUAAUCUGAAGUCCAUCCCGUCAUAUUUUUCCGACCAAACAUACUGGACCUACUCAGCAAGUAUCUGGUUCGUCAUCUGUCAAACCACAUCUCUUCAAGCGAUUAAAGAGCUUGAGGUUUUCUCUGUUGCAACACAUCUUCUCGCUCUCUACAACAAACUUCUCGGCCCGUGUAUCGUUAUCGCCAUUGUUGGUGUUUCAUUAUACUCUUCACAUAGCCAAACUGACUUCUUCACCGCACUGAGAGAUCUUCUCGCCAUAAUGUCGUUAACAAUAGUUUUCGGAAGCGAUAUGUAUGCUUACGGAUCAAGGGAUUCCGUCAUGGAAGUGCUCUACUGGAGCUGCCUUGUCUUCCUAGCGAACUCUGCCCUUGCAGCCGCUAUUGCGUCGAUCAUCCGGGCCUACGUAACGUGGUUGAAUAUUGAGGAAGUGGUUGCAACACCUAAAGAGCUCAUGCGAAAUUUAGAAAAAGAGAAGAAAGAACGGAAAAAUCAGCUUGUCUACCAUGACAAGUCCGAGUGA